GCGGCCGGAGCGUUUUUGUCGGCACGCUCUCAUUAGUACAAUUGCAAAUAUUAAUACCUCGAUUAUUACAAAUAUCACUAUACGGUAAAAAACUUUUAUCUUUAUUUCGAUCGCAUCUACUUUCCUGUGGGCAGUUGGAGAAGUCUCGUGAGGACAGUGAACGAUAUUGCAAAGAAUCUCAACUUGUCAUCUUGUCUAAAUACAUUGGCGAAUAAAUUAAGCGGUGGCGAACAGAAGAGACUCUCCUUCGGCGUAGAAAUGAUCACUAAGCCAUCUGUUCUCUUAUUAGACGAGCCAACAAGCGGUCUCGACAGUGUAACCUCUAAUCAACUUAUUAGCAUGCUACAUGAUAUGGCGAAAGAAAAUUGUACUAUAGUUUGCGCGAUACAUCAACCCAGUAGUCAGAUGAUUUCAUUUUUCGAUAACAUUAUGGUACUCAACCGAGGCAGAUGUAUAUACUGCGGUCCCAAGAGUGAGAUCUUAAAGACGUACAGCAUUGCCGGAUUCACGUGUCCCAGCUUUUAUAAUAUAGCCGAAUAUGUGCUUGAAGUAAUAACCAAACAGAGGGGUGGAGAUUUAGAGAAUCUAUAUGAGAUCUGUCGUGAUGAAUACGAAAAAUUUAAAUCAUGCAGUAAACGUAACAAAAAUAAAUUAGAUUCACCAAAUAAUUUCAAUCUGUCCGCGUUUCUAGUACCGAUCCCGCUCCUAGCCGAUUCGACUCCUGGUGCUGAUUUGAUUCUACGACCUAGUGGUAGAGCGUUUUCUGCCACUGUCGAGCAUUCUCGACCGCCGAAUACACCUUUCUCUUUCUUUUACGUACAGCCUUGA